ACAUUUUUUUUUCUUGUGUUCCAUGUUUUCUGAGAAUUAAUAUUUAAAUAUGCAAAUGAGGAGUUAUCUACUUAAAUAUGCACUCAUUUGCAUACAUUUCCAGAAUAGAAAUCUUCAAAAUUCAUGUACCAUUAUGUUAACAUAUUAUAUUUCCGGGUAUUUAGGUAGGGGGAAUUUUAGAUGUCGCCCUGCAUUAGACUGGCGCCCAAUGACAGCUUCCAGCAACCCCUGUGACCCUUAUGAGGAUAAGCGGUGGUGGAAGAUGAGAUGAGAUUUUGGAUGUCUCUUUUUAUCACUCCAUAAAUCACAAAAUAUUGUCAACAGCCCAAAAAAAAAGUUAAAUGUUAUAUAAAUGAGGCUCUGAAUGAUGAGUGAGAAAAAUCCCCUCUGUAAAUACCUGCAGAAUGUAGUUAAGAUUAAUCUGGAACGUUUGGUAUAUGCAUGUGGUAGUGAAGUGGAUAUGUCUGUGUAAACUACAUAAAAUAAGAUACAUAUUGUUUUUUAUUGCAGCAGAGGUAAAAGUGGAGCAGCAGUGGGGAAAGUGUAAAUGUCUAAACAUGUAUUGCACCAGGUUUUUAGAAUAAACAGAAAUAGACAUAAUAGCAGCAUCAAUGUACUUACAAGUCUGUUAUUGCACAUUCUAUAUUACGUAGAAUGUUGCAUGUGAGAGUUCGAGGUGGUGAUGGCUCUCGGAAAGAAACUGUUUUUCAGUCUGCUUUUCCGUGCACCGAUACAUCUGUAGCUCCUCCUAGAGGGCAACAGCUUAAACAGCUGAGAACCAGGGUGUGAAUUGUCCUUGGUGAUAUUGCGAGCUCUGCUGAGGCACCGCGAGUGUUGAUGUCCAGGAUCAGGGAGGGGAGAGGGCAGCCAGAAAUCCUGUGGGAUGCCUUCACUGUCCUCUGAAGCCUCGCUGUGUCCACCUCGGUGCAGCUCCUGAACAUUGUUCAUAGAUAAAUACUGGUGUUUAUAUGCGUAUUGGGUUUCUUAAAUGUGCUGUCCCAGUAGAGACAGUGGAUGUCGCUGGCUCUGGUGCAGUGCCAUGUUCAGAGCUGGUGGAGCCCUGAGGAAACAUUUCUGUCCAGGUAUAGUAGCAUUAGCUUUAGAAUGAUAUGAAUUGUAAAUGUCCAUCAGACAGUCGCUGCGGAAUCAAAACAAAUGUGGUUUGCACACAGCAUGCAGAUAACUAACUAAUCUAGCAAAGAGUUGGUUAAAUCUGCUGCUAGUUUUAGCUAGAUAGAUUAACUUCCACCCUACACAUGUUAAGCUAGUUGGGGGACAAACUUACCAGUGCUGUCGUGGUUCGAAGCUGGAAGGAGUCGCAUCUGAACACAUGUAUAGAUGACAGUCUGAAUUUCAGUCAAAAGUCACUCUUCCAACGCUUUCCAGAGAAAUGUCUGAGAGUGGAGCGGUCCCAUCACAACACUGAUCAGAGUGAAGCUUUUAUUUUGGUACUUCCGCUGAAUGGCAUGGUCAAUUAGCAUAUAAGCUAUUAGCAUUCAGAUUUAACAUUUAGUAAAUGUGAUUUAAAAAAGUGACUUUAAAAAUUCUCUCAUCAUUUUUUUAGUGUUUUAGAGCUAACUGUAUGGAAAACUGGGUGCUCAUAUUAGCAUGUGCAACUUUACAGACAGCGCCCCAUACAUCCCUAAUACUCCACAGUGAUAGUUCCCAUUACUUAGAUUAUUCCACCAAAAGCUCAGAUCGAGUUGCCUGCAGGAGUAAGCCAUGCUCAGUGGAGGAGUGGGCAGUAAUUUAGUAAUCCCUCUGACACACGCACAAAAAGUUACAGUCCACAGCUAAAAUAUCUUAGCUAAACUUUCUGUUCACUACUCAAAGUACUGUCCAGUGGUGGAUUAAAGUCAGGAACACUGGAAGAGUGUUUGCUGUGUAGCCUGAAAAUUGUUUAGUCAUCCUUCUCUCCCAGCAAUGAACAACUCAACAUUCUGAACAACUUAUGUCGCAGUUUUACCACCAACCUAACUAAAACCCAAAAGAAAGUCGCAAUGUAUCCUGAAGUCUUCUCCAAAAUGUCAUCAGCUGCCAAGCCAGUUGACUGAUCUUUGGGAUACAUUAAAGGAUUAUCUUAUUUUAGAGGAUUAAAGGAUUAUUUUGUGUGAUUUCAGGUGUUGCAUUUCACUAUUUACCCUGUAUUGUCACUGAGAAAGAAAGAAAGAAAGAAAGAAAGAAAGAAAGAAAGAAAGAAAGAAAGAAACAAAGAAAGAAAGAAAGGAAAAAAAUGCAAACGAAUUCCAUUCGCUCAAAACUGAAAAUGAAAUUAUAGUUUACCACAAAGAAAACAUUGUGCAGUAUACAUGACACUGUACGUCUACUGCGACAUUUAACUGUGUGUUAUACAGGGGUGUUUUCUCUGAAUGACUCUUUCACAUAUCUUACUUUAAAUGAUAAAUUAAGUACAUCACCUGAUAGCAGGGGGUGUACGAGUGGAAGACUUAAAUAGAGUUGCUUAAUUCAGAGCUAGGGUCUCCUUUCGUUUCAUUUACAUGAAUCGCUUUACAAAUGUGGUGAGCAUUUGCAUAAAUGAAGACAAGUGAGUGGCUGUGGUGCACUGUCACCAUUAACUGGCGGACACAGUUCAGCUCUAACUAACAGUGGUCCCUUACAGGUUUGCCAUUAUCUUGGCGUUGGCCAAGUGAGACGCACCAAUAAGCCAUUACUGGUUUCUAUCAGCACAGAAAAUCUGUUAGUGUGCUGAAAGCUGGGGAAGACGCGUGGAGCGUUUAUAAGCCACGAAAAUCUCAGCAUCCAACAUAUACGCAAGAGCUCCGCAACAGCCCACAGCUGCAUUGACGGUAAACAGAGCAAGGUAGCGCAUGGGCAGCCAGCAGGGAUUUAUUCCACAUCGCAUCACAUCCCUGAACAUACAUGGCGUCCUCACACACGGAGCCAUGCAUUUAGUGUGCAAGCUGACGAGGUAGUAGUAUUUUUUUUUUUUUUUUAAAUCAUUAGCCUACUAUUAUUUUCGCAGCCAUCUUUAUCUGCGUCGGUGCAGAGCAGUGAGAAAGAAUCGGCUCAUAUCGCUACGGUAGGUGUCGUUUUUUCAAGAUCAAGACGAUGGAUGCGCUCUCGCCCGAAUCUAUCCCUGCGACUACGGCGGACGGGUUACGGCUUGAUUUUUUAUUCCAAACGCAUCCCCAUCUUCCGUAUGUUGCAAGGUGCCUUUGAGAAGGAUACGGACCUCUGAAGGAAAUGAGGAGAUCGCUCUGUUUUCACUAUUUUGACUGUCGAGAUGGAGGUAUCACUAAGAAGACCUGUGCAUUCAAUAUCAACACCUCAUUACACCGUUAAGGAUAAUUACUAUUCUGUGUAACGGCAAAGAAGCACCUGGUAGCUCUGGCCUGCAAAGCUUUCUUCUAUGAGCGGUCAGUGACAGAGGUGAUUGAUCCAGCUGUCGAUUCAGUUUGGGAACUUUGCCCUCCAAUUCUCACAACCUCUACUUGGGCUUGGAUUUCAACAUUCAGUCAAAUACACCAGACAGAGUAUGUCAUCUACAGCUUCUCACAAAAUCCUACGACCCCUUCUGCUCGGUACUGUCAUCCUGGGAUGCUUUGUGACUGUGUUUUUCAUGUAUUUUAAACCAUCCACUAGCUGGCUAACAAGCCCUUUAGAGUCAACGGAAUCCACAGACCGAGUCAAGAACAUCUUCUCCACCAAGAGUGAUAAAAACGUCACCACCGUUCUGAUCUGGCUUUGGCCCUUCGGACAAACCUAUGACCUGACCGUUUGCAGCUCCCUCUUCAACAUCGAAGGCUGCUUCAUCACAGCGGACAGAAACCUCUACAACAAGUCAGAUGGGGUCAUCAUCCAUCACAGAGACAUUGGCAGUGAUCUGUCCAACCUGCCACAGCACCUGCGACCAUCGUUCCAAAAGUGGAUAUGGAUGAACUUAGAGUCACCGUCACACUCGUCUCAGCUUCCUGGGAUAGGGAACUUGUUCAAUCUGACUCUCAAUUACCGUCAGGAUGCUGACAUUGAAGUGCCUUAUGGGUCCAUUGUAGCAGCGGAGGCCGAGGACGACUUUGUUCCACCCAGCAAAAACAAACUCAUCUGCUGGAUUGUGAGCAACUGGAACCAGGAACACGCUCGGUCAAAAUAUUACAAUGAGUUGUACAAACACAUUGAGAUUCACACAUACGGACAGGCCUUCGGGGAGCACAUCUCUGACAAAGACUACUUCCCAAUCGUGGCCAGCUGUAAGUUCUACCUGGCUUUCGAGAACUCUAUCCACAAGGACUACAUUACUGAGAAACUGUACAACCCACUCUCCGUAGGCACAGUGCCAGUGGUUCUCGGACCGCCCAGGCAGAACUACGAGAACUUCAUCCCAGGAGGCGCCUUCAUCCACGUGGACGACUUCAAAUCACCCAAGGAGCUGGCCAAUUACCUGCUGCUCCUGGACAAGAACGAGGAAUUGUACCUCAGAUACUUUGAGUGGCGGAGGCACUUUAAAGUGAAGAAGGCCCAUUUCUGGGCAGAGCACACAUGCCUGGCUUGUGAUUACCUGCGUAGGCACAAGGAGUACAAGGCAUUCACUAACCUUGACAAGUGGUACUGGGGUGCAUAGUGCAUGAAGGGCUAUGCAGUGUUUGUUAUGCUUUAAGAUUUUUGUGUAUGGGUAAACAUGGAGGUUCAUUACUGUUCUGUCCAGAGCAGUGGGUCAUUUUUUUGGUUCAGGGGCACAAUGUCGGAAUCCAGCUUUUUAUUUAAUUUUUUACUAAGCCUUACUUUGCCUUCAUUGAUUCAUUUAUUAUUUAUGAUUUAGAUUUUUUUUUUUACGAAUUACAAAUGCACUUCCGUAUAUUGAUUUAUGUUUUUUUUGUUUAUUUUUUUACUAUUUGGUUUUUCAUUGUAUGAAUGUUUCCUUGCAACAUUCAUUGUGCAGGGUUGUUGAUUCUUCUUCUUACGUGGUAUAAAUGUGACCGAAGUGACACAGCAGUAAAGCUACCGAAAGAAAUGUGCACGAAUGCAAUCAUGUCAUACUGAGGGCAGGGCUUCUGAACUCAACAUUACAUAUAUAUUUAUAGAUGUUUCUGGACGGUUUUGUUUACACUCCUGUUUACAGCACUAUACCACACACUCAAGAUCAUGCCACAAAAAAAGAUCACUAUCUAAACGAGCAAUGCGUUUCAGCAGCACUCAGCAGCUACUGGCAAAACAGUUCCAAGAAAGUACUGUGCAAACCAUGUGAACAUUUUAUGCAAGAUGAGCCGGGACUUUUUGGUCAAAGUCUCAAAUAUGUUUUAGAUUAUCAUUUUGAUAUACUUUCAGUGUCAAAGGGACCAUCAUUGAUGUAAAUUAGGACGAUUCCAAUUAUUUUUAUGAGUAUGGUUCCAAAUGCCACCAUCAAACGUGUAUAUAAACCUUGUAAAGACUAAAGCAUAAACUGAUCCUUUCUUGGCCCUCCGACUGGAUGCUGACCCAGUAACUAGAGGGCUUCUGCCAUGGAUACCAUUGCUAAUGCUGACCGUACUUCUGGUUAGACUAACAAACUGAGCAGGAAACUGUUUUGUCAAAGGAUCAAUUCGAUCAAACGGGCCCACUAGCAAAUCAUUCCCGUAUGUGCAACGAACUGUGGGAACUCAAGACGUCUUUUCAUUUGUGGACAAAAGAAGCAAGUUGUUGUAUAUAUUUUUAAUGUUCAGAUCUCUUUAUAACAUGCAAAUGUUGUCAGGAAGUGAAUGUUAUUUCGCCGUAUCUUUGUAAAGUAAAGCCUGGUGCUUCAAAAGGCUGUGAAACAAGUCGAAAUAAAGAGCGACACUCGUGAAGGAUUAGCAGAGACGAUGCUGUUAGAGUUGUGAAGUGGCCGUUUUCAUCAAGAGAGACAGUUUCGCAUUCAAGACAUUUUUGUGUUAUGUGGUAAUCCUGUUGGCAUGACCCAAUUGAAAAAGUUGUGCCAAAAAGCAGCAGAGAUAUAGCACUUCCAUUCAUGUUGAGUUGGGUGGCUCACUGUGUUGGUGGCCGUCUUAAAAGGACGCUAUUGUGAGCCCACAAUCAUGUCAUUUAAGACCUUGCCCGGCCCCACGAAUUAACUAUGAAACUGCCACUUCAUAUUGUACAGUUCCAUCUCAUGUAUGAAAACAAAGCUUUCUUGUCCAAUGUGGUUGGUAACUUAAAGGAGUAUAAGUUAAUUUUUUUAAUUAUUUUUUUUAUUUUUUUGGCGUGCUGUCUGUGUCUUUCAUCCUCUUCCCUUUUCCUCUCUUUUUUUGCACAAAAACAAACAUGAAGAGCUGAUACUUCUGUGUCCUCUUUCUGUGGGUCUCUGAGUGCGUCGCAGCACCAGAAAAACUGAAUGGGGACGUCUCUGGAUACUGUACGACCUGGCACUGAUUUUGCCAGUGUCCUUAAAAACACUAUAUUUUGGGUGGGAUGGAAUAUAGGUGUGUGAUUUCUCCUGAAACGCUCAUUUUCUGCUAGUUAAAUGAAAUAAUCAGUGAGUCGGUCAGUACAAGAUUUUUGCCAAAUCAUUGUAUUUUGCCAAAUGUUGUGUUUUAAUUGUAGAUGUCACUGAUGGUGUCAAAAAGAAAAAUAAAGAUAUGGACAAAUGAGCAAACACAA